AUGUCAGUGCUGGCAACAUUCAUUAACAUGGCCGCAUGUUGAACGAAACGAUUUUCUUUACUGUUAGCCCAAAAUAAUUGUAUUUGCAUGAUUUGUGAGCGGAUAUAAGUCGAUCGUGUAGCCGGAAAAGUUAUUAAUUUGUGGAACAAAUUAACGGCUGCGAUCACGAGAAUGAUGCAUCACCCGAACAUGCAUCAUCAGCCGAUGUCCGGGCAUCCUCAGCACCUGCCGGGCCACCAAGGAAUGCCCGGCCAUCACCAAAUGCCGCCGCAGAUGCACAGAGAGAACAGGCACGUAACUCUAACUAGAGUGCCGCUGGGCGGGUCCGGUGCGGGCGGCAUGGGCGGGCACGCGCUCGGCAUGAACAUGGUGCACCCCGCCCGCCCGCCGCACCCCGUGCGCGCGAUGCACCACCCGCCGCAGCAGCACCACAACGUGCCGCAACAGCAGCGCCUUCGCCGGCCGUACUCUGUGGGCGGGGGCUACGCGGCGGGCGUGAUGCCGCCGCCGUACGCGCCGCCCCCGCCCCUCCCGCCGCCACCCGCGCAGCAGACACAUACAGGUCUGGGCAGGCCUUCAUCACCAAAAAUAACAACUCAAGUUAAACUUAAUACUGAGUUUGGUGUAACGACAGCGCAACCUAACGCCGCACCGACCACAGACACUAAAGAGGAGGGCGGAGCGGUGGGGGCAGUGGGCGGGGCCGGUGCGGGCGGAGCGGAGGGCGAGGGGGCGGGCGACGAGGCGGCCCGCUCCCCCGCGGCCAACAGUAAAGAGAAGACACCCAUGUGCCUGGUCAACGAGCUGGCCAGGUACAAUAAGAUUAAACACCAGUAUCGCCUCACAUCAGAAACGGGGCCCGCUCACAAAAAAGUAUUUACGGUCACACUUCGCUUAGGUGAUACCGAGGAAUAUACAGCUGAGGGGUCGUCGAUAAAGCGAGCGCAGCACGCGGCGGCGUCCGCGGCGCUGACGGGCACGAGCUUCCCGCCGCCGCCGCCGCGCGCGCCCGCACACUCCAACCACCAACACCAUAGACACGCCGGUGCCGUAAUGCCAACGGUAGAACUCAACGCGCUGGCUAUGAAGCUAUGUCAGCCGGCGGUGUAUACGUCUGUGCCGGCGGUGACGCGCCCGCGGCCGCGCAUGUACCGCCUGCCCGCGCCCUUCGCCCCGCCCUACCCCCACCCCGCCCAUCCCCGCCUGAUGGAGCCCGGGCCCGCGCUGCUGUACAGGGUCCGCGUGUGUGUGGGCGGUCAGUCGUGGGUGGGGGAGGGCAACACGCCGCAGGCGGCGCGGCACGACGCGGCGGCGCGCGCGCUGCAUGACCUGCGACCGCCGCACGCUGACGCCGAGCCCGGGGACCAACAACAGAUUGGAGGAGAUGCAAACUCUGAUAUACUGAACAGCGAGGUGAAGUCGCCGGUGUCGUUGGUUCACGAGUUGGCGCUGAAGAGGAAUCUCUCCGUGCAGUUCACCGUCAAGUCUGAACGGGGACCACCACAUAUGAGGGUAUUCGUAACGCUAUGCACGGUGGGCGACAUGGAGACGGAGGGCGAAGGUAACGGCAAGAAGGUGUCGAAGCGGCGUGCGGCGGAGCACAUGCUGGAGGAGAUGCGGCGACGCUGGCCGCCCGCGUUGCUGCGCCCGCGGCCGGACAAGCGGCGCCCGCAGCCCGCCAAGAAGAAACCGAGGAAUCUUAUCAAGGAGGGUCUAGCGGGAGCGGCAGCGAGCGGGGAAGGCGGCGCCGACAACCCCAUCUCGCGUCUCGCGGUCGCCCGUCACGCGGCGCGCGCCCGCUCGCCGCAAUACCGCGUGCUCGAGGAGCGCGGCGCGGCGCGACGACGCGAGUUCCUCGUGCAGUGCGACGCCCCGCCCCACUCCGCUACUGGCCUCGGACCCAACAAGAAGACGGCCAAGCGCCGCGCCGCACACAAUGUGCUUCUAGCGAUGGAGAUGAGUAGCAACGGUGAAGUGCCACCCGCCGCCGCCACAGAACCGACCACCAAUGGUACAAUAGAACCGAAGACCACCAACGGAGAUAUCAAACGGAAGGAGGAGAGCGGUGCCGGCGGCGCGAGCUCCGAGGUGCGGCAGCCGGUCCCCGGCGUGCUCAUGAUGGACUACCAGCAACGUUCCGGUCAGCCACCGCAGCAGAAUGGUGAGCGUGCGAGCGAGGCGAGCGCGACCGGCGGCGGCGGCAACUCGCCCGGCGCGAAAGACCAACUCAUGUACCUUUCGCAGCUGCUCGGUUUUACUGUACAAUUCUCCGAUUUUCCCAAGCGCAACCACGGCGAGUAUCUAUCGCUGGUGUCGCUGAGCACGGAGCCGCCGGUGAUGUGUCACGGGGGCGGCGCCUCCACCGCGCACUCGCACGAGCAGUGCGCCCGCGCCGCGCUCCGGGCGCUCGCGCUCAUGGGGCUGGACGCGCCCGCGCCGGGGAUGCAAUCAGUGCCCGGCGGCGGCGUGAAGCCGGCGGCCAUCAGCAACGGGAUCAGCGAGUGAGGCCGCAGCUGCAAUACACGAGUGAAUAUCUCACGGCGCGAAAUAAAUUGUUCGGGACCUCACACACAGAGUUUAUUUCGUCACUUCAGAGCUAUGACGUAUUCACAAAACUAUGAUCUCGGCUCCCGCGACAACUCUUAGUCUAUUUGUUCAAAACUUUCUUUAUUUUUAAAUAGAAAUGUAUAUUUUUUGUUAUACUAUACGAUCUGUAUUUAUAUUAAAACUGUUUUUUGUUUCAUCGAUAAUUCGCGCAGCUUUUGUCUAACGAAACGACUAUCUCGAACUUGUAGUGUUACGGUGUAUUCGAAGUAAGAUUGUAAACGAGUAGGUGAAACGAAAAGGCUAUGAAGCCAAAGCAAAUCAUUGGGGCCGCGCAGACCUAACUUUCUGGCGCGCUUAUUUUCGUAAUGUAGAUAUAGUUGUAGUGCAGCGAGUGUUUACUUCGGUUCUGUCAAGUUUCUUAGUUUCACUCGACAUUUCUUGCGAAAAAGUCAAGUGAAAACUUCUACUGUCUAGUUGUCACGGUUGCAUCCAAGCAAAGGACGAACAGGCAGCGAAGUCUCAGUAAUAUGGUUCCGUUUUUACCCCUUGGGUACGGAAUCCUAAAUAGACAUUCGGUUGGAGUAGCGGUGGACAAGAUGCGUAAGUAGUAAUAGUUUGUUUUGGAUGUGUUUUUGAAAUAAAGAGCUGAGUGGUGAUUGUCUUCAUAAGGUUAAAAAGUAGUUAAUCAUUGUUGGGAAUUACCACAGAUUUUAUUUUCCUGUUCUGAGGGAAUUACUGAAAUCGUUAAAAAUUAGACGCUAAAGUCGCCGACUUGACAGAGUGCUAAGUCUUUUAAUAGGACUACGAUUUAAGUACUGUAUUUAAAUAAUAGUGUUUUAUUUAGCGGGUAAAAGACAAGACAGUUACCUCGAAUUAUUUAAAACUUGAUUGAGUCAGAUUGUUUUACUCGCAGCACUGUAAAUGUUAAUAGAUCUCUUUGAUGUUUCAGAAAAUCAGAAAUCAUUUUAAUCAUGAAUUUCUCGCAUGUGGCAAUAUUUAAAUAUUUAUUAACGUUUUAAAUAAAAUGUUGAAAUCAAUUAAAGAGAACUAUUGCGUGCGCGUCGGAAACCGUUCGCCGCCCCAAUGCGAGCUACAGUUACAUCAUGCGGCCAUGGUGUCACUUAGGUUUAGCCGCGCAGCUCGCUCGAAUAGGGAAAGGGAUUGAGGCAAACGGGUACGCCCACUGACAUGUAGACUUGUCUCAGUCCCCGUCUUGAUGCCGGGUUGCGCGCGGUAACCGCCGCAGGCCGCGCGCGCCGCCCGCCGCCCACGCGGCUUGCGGCGAUUAUAUUGGCCUCGAUUUUUAAGCUCCCUCGAGCGUACGUUUACGAUUUUCGGCGACCCUGAGCUAUGAAAUGUGUAAUUUUAGAUUUAUCCCCGCGUCUAUACAUACGAUUUAUACAUACCCGCUUAGGAUAGGUGCGCUUGUCUAGCCUGUAACCUGUGUACUCGUAGAUCUAACUUUUCCUUAUUCGAUGUUUAUUAUAAUGUGGUCGGUCGCGAGCCGCACUCCGUGCGACGAUUGUACGUUUCAUUGUAAUGGGUCCGACGUAUUUAUUCGAUUACUUAGCGGUAACAGUAUCACGGACUUUGCUCGUAGGAAGUAAAGUCGAUUGCUCUUACUAAUUAAGUAAAUAGAAGUAGUGUUUGUAUCGUGCAAAUCAGCGUAAAUGGGAGGUUACGAAUCAUAUUUAUUAAAAACUUAUCUAAUCGCCGUAUUUCUAUUAAAUCUUAUAUCGAUGCCUAUAAGUGUUGAACCAAGUAUAAAUACGUGGGAUAGAUGUUUGCAUGCCCAAGAAAAAUCGAAUCGGUAUAUUUUGCAUGGGAUGGGAGAGAAAAAAGUAUUAUUUUAUCUGGAAUGGACGUUUUUAAAUAUCUGACUCGUUUUAGGUGUCGAGAUUCCUAUCCUUAGUAAUGUGAGCAUAUAAUCAAUAAUGUGUAUUGAUACGCUGGUUUGCAUGAGUUAGCGUUAUUUACCCCUAAGGUAGGUAAGGCACAAUUAAACGAUUUUAAAUCGAGGCCAUUGGUAGAAUUUCUCGAUGUUGUUGCACAGUAGCACACGCGUUGAGAAAUCGAUCAAUUUAUAGCCACAAUGGCGUUAAGAAGUGUUCUAUUUAUUUUGUUCUAAGUAAUCAAUAUUUUAUAUUAUUAUAUGGGUACAGGUCCCAUUCGAACUUAGUGCUGUUAGAGUUGUGUAAGAAUAAAAAUAUUAAAAACUCAA